GUCCAUGUACGGCCGACCCAGAGUCUGGCGGCCUAGAGCGAUGCCACCUUUUCUCGCACUCUAACCCGCGAGUCGAGUUUCCACCCACGAACCCCCUCCCACAGCAAUAGCGUUGGGCCACACCCAGCAGCCUCCUGAUACCUCAUGAUCAACCGUGAUCUUCGGCUAUGUUUAGAAGCGCCGAGCACCCACUAAUACCAGCUUCGUGCGCAUGGCAGAGCCUCUAACCCGUCCAUAUGGUUCUUGACCUCUCCCGCAACCCUCCUGACGCCCGUCGACCCAAGUUUCCAGCGCCGCCGCAGAAGGAUCUGAGGAGGUUUGGGGGAGCAUCCAACCUGCGGGGCAACAGCUUGCGUGUACUCGGGGGAGCCAGCCACCGGCCGCAUACCGGAUCCAACCAGGAGUCGUGUGUCAGCGGCACCGCAGGCGGAAGAGGGCCAGAACCCAGCACCGGAUUAGCAGAAGAGCCGACCAAACCGCCACCUAGCCAGCAGAGGCAACAGCCACCCCAGCCAGCAUCCGAGGUCGCACAGGAUAUCACCAUCGCCUAACACAGGAACAGGUCGGCUAGUACACGAACCAUUGGGCAUUGCCUGCCAGAAGAGUGCUUGCUGCCAGACACGCGCGCACCCAAGCAAACACGCCCCCCUCUCGCUGCACCCGACCCCGACGAUCUACAGGGAGGAAACAUCGAAUUGGUUCUUGUCCGGGCGAGCUUGUGGACGUCGCCUUCUUGAGACACCGUCACCGCACGGCCCUCUGCCUGACCUACUGGCAAGCGCAACGACGGAGCUGCAUCUAUCUGGCUCGCGAACAGACGCAGCGCAAACGAGAAACACAAUAAUACCCAACCAGCCUCGUUUCUACAAACCCCUCCUUUCUUACCCCCCCAAGACGUGCGUUUGGUCAGUCACACUCUGGCUUGAGGUUUGGUGUGUUUCGUGAGGCCCGAAAGAAGCCUCCGGUUGGGGGCUGGUGGAUUUUUUUUUCUGGUUUGGUUCCAACCGAUCCGAUCCGAUCCGAUCUACGGUACCUUUGAAGCUCCUUGUUUGCUUGGCUCUGUCUCUUGUGAUAGCAACAGGGAGAAAACAAGGGGGCAGAGGUUUGGUUUCUAAACGUCUUUUUUUUUUUUUUUUUUUUUU